CCAAGACUGAGGUGGAUUAUCUUUCCAGAUGGACUCUUACAUCAAAACAGGGGAGGUUUACCUCCAACCGCACAAAUCUGGCAAAAAAUGGAAACCAGUGUGGUUGUCUCUGUUUCCUCCCAGUAGCAGCGCAGUGGGUCGACUGGAGAUCCAGGGUGUGGGAGGAGGGGGGGCAGGAGGUGAUCAUGGCACUGGGGUCAGGAGACACCACCAGCCUCUGGGGGACAGGAAGAUGAAGGUGGUACGACUGUCCGAGCUGAUCAGUGUCCUCAGACUCCCUCCGAACGCCGAGGCCUGUCCCAUGGACAACAUGUCCGCCUUCUGUGUGGAGACCCAGGACAGGACCAUGGUGUUUGCUGCACUCAAAGACGACUGUGUGGACUGGGUGGAAAAACUGUGUCACAGCACGUUUCAGAGAGGAGGCGUCUCAGGCUCUCAGCAGCUCCACAUGGAGGAGAACCAGAUAUAUGCCUCAGCAGACCAAGCCUCAGAGUUCUGGGUGGUGGUCCAGAGGACGGAUGCAGCGAUACGUUGUGGCCUGCAGGGGUCAUACUGGCUGCAGGUGGGACGAGAGGCAUUGCUGCUCAGAGAGGGACAGAAGAAGAGCGCUGUGAGAGAGUGGCCAUAUGAGCUGCUGAGACGAUAUGGAAAAGAUAAGCUGGCUUUAACCAUCGAGGCAGGCAGACGCUGUGACUCUGGUCCUGGAACAUUCACCUUUGAGACUCAGCAGGCCGAGAAAAUAUUCUCCCUGAUUCAGAGCACCAUCAAACAGAAGACGUCAGCUGCUGCAGGUAGCCAGAACCAGGAGGGUGAGAAAGGUAACCCAGCCAUCAUACAGGCUCAUUCCCCCCUCCCCAAAGUUCCUGAUGUGUCUAGCGUGAGGACAGAGGAGAGGAAAUGUCCCGCUCCAGAAGGGCUGUCUGCUCAGUCACAACCAGCUCCCAUCACCCUCAUGCCUCUCCCACUGGUCCCCACACACAACAGCGCCCCUGGAGGUCAUCACAGCGGCCAAUCAGACGUUGUGUAUGCUGACCCAGCUGACUGCAUCCAGUCUGUAGCAAGACUACAGCCGUCCACAGCUCAGUACGUAGACCCUGCAAGCGUUCUUCCACUCGAACCCCCCACUUCAAGAGAACCUGUCUCCACAGCUCCUCCCUCCUCCAGUCCUCACCACAGCUUCACCUCCGAUCACCCAGAAUCAGUCUACUCAGAGGUGUACGACCGGCUCCGUCCGGCCCAGAGUAAACUAACGAAGAGCAAAGAUGUUGAACCCAUUUACACUGAGCCCCUGAGUGAGAGGGAACAGGUGACCCGCAACAAUGACAGCAAACCGGACCCGUUCGCCCAGCUGUAUGCUCAUGUCUGCAAACCAGCUCCUUCAACUGGUCCCUCCACCCCAUCCUGCUCCACCUCUCUGUCUGUUAGUGGCAACACAGCCACAACAACAGACCACUGUCAAGAUGAUGUCAUCUAUGAAAACCUGGGCAUCAUUUAGAGACUUAUAUCAAAGCAGUCUGAUGUGACCUGUUCCUCUCUGUACUCUAUCUGUGUGAAAACAUUUCCAUUCAUUUUUGACUGAAGAAUAAACCUGACUCAGUGAACCGGCCCUCUUCUCCUCAGGAGCACAUGUCUGACAUGAUGUGCUCGUAUGUUGUAUCAUAUUCAUCAUCAUCAUUAUCAUCAUUUUACCACCAUUUUUAUAGGGGCCCAGCAGCUUUUCAGCCUGAGGGCGUCUAAUAGGUUAAUCUGACCGAGCAUCCAGGAUGUGUUGAAGUUCAGUGGCUAGUGUCAGGUCACAUGGUGCAGUUACAUCAGACCUCUUGUAACUCUAUAUCAUCCUGAGUUAAUCAAAGACUCCAUCUACAAAUUAAUUACAUUAACAUGAUAGCUUCACAUCUUAUGACCCCCUUGAUUAAAACUCGGACCCUCCCAAAAGAGGUAAAAAACAACAGUCCAGGGGGUUGAAACAUUUAUACAUUGUUGCCCAUAAA